AUGCCUCUUCGGGUGUCCGUUCGCACCGCAAAUGAACACCGUCUCGACACUCGCUCCCCUCCCAUCACCCCAACCCCCAAGGAUGAGAGCCCCUCGGGUAGUGUUCUCACCCCGAGGUCCGGCUUCUCCAGCGUCUCUCUAUCACCAAUCGACGACAAGCGCAUCGACCAGGUCUCCCUCCUCCACCAAGACCUUGCCGCGCCCCUCGAGUUCCGCGACAGCCUGGAAGUCCAGCAUGAUUCCCGCGGCAAACCGUUCGAAUAUGGUCGCGGAGUCUGGAGCGUCGUCUACAAGGCGUCGUCUCGCCCGCCCUCGGAAUCCAGUCUGCUCACCCCGCCCAGCUCUCCCGCACCCGGGAAUCACAAGGUCGCCGUCAAGUCGCCCUCACGACGGGAUGCCCAUGUCGUGCUGGACGCCGAGGCCCUGGCCUUGAGCCGAAUCAGCCUGUUCUCGGGCUCCGACAACUACGUCGUUCCCUUUCACGGAUACAUCCCAGGAGAUCACGCCAUCGUCCUGGAUGCCGUGCCCCUCUCGCUCGCCACCUAUAUCGAAGAAAAGGCCGCCAUCGCCAAACAGAACAUGUCGACCCGGACCAUGUUCGACCCCGUCCCAGGAAUGGCCUCGUGGAAAGCCCUGGCCACGAAACUCAUCCGCGGGCUGUCCUGGCUGCACAACACUCCGCAUAUCGUCCACGGUGACAUCAAACCACACAACCUCCUCUUACGUCCGCUCGAGGACGAGGAUACGGGCUCCGUCGACUUCCCGUUCACGCCACUGUUCGCCGACUUCUCCUCCGCCCAUAUCAUCGCCGGCCCCUCUCUCUCGGCCGAAAAGAACCAACCUGGGACGGCCCUGACGGCCCUCACGCCACCCUUCGCCGCACCCGAGCUCCUCACCGUCUCGUCCCUGACGUCCCUGGACGUCCGCCCUACGCCCGCCGCCGAUGUCUUUUCCCUGGCGGUGACCCUCCUCGCCGCAGCUACCGGCGACUUACUCCUCUAUCCGGGCACCAGCAACAUGCAGCGUCUGGCCAUGGCCCGCGAAGGCCACCGCGUCAUCGAGUUCGCCCGAUCGGGGGCCCAUGGCUCGCGAGUGCCCCGGAAUGGUCUGGUCGAGCAGAUCAUCAAACCGGCUCUAGUGAAGGAUCCAGCCGAGCGGAUCAAUCCGACUGACUGGUUGAAUUUGGUGGAAAGUUUGGCGUGA